ACUACUGGAAACUCUGCUAACUAAAUCAAAAUGGAAAGAAGGCUUCAACAACGAAGAGACACCGAUGUAAUUUAGAAUCGAUAAAAAGGGCAUACGCAUACUGGAAGAAGAAGUUUGUUUACGCGUACCUUCUUCCUAUCUAUUUGAUACUUUUUGUUUUGAUUAUAUUUGGAAAUGUCAUCAAAACGUAAAUCAAAAGGUGGACAGGGUCCUUCCAAAAAAUCCAAGAAAAAUGGCAAACGGCACGAUGAUGAUUUGAGUGACUUCGAUGAUUUUCACAGUGAUGCUUCUAAUGAUGAAUCGGCUAACCAUUCUCACAACGACGAUACAAAUGAAAUCGACGACUUGCCGGUUAAUGACUCAUUGCGUGUCAAGGGCCCAGACCACAUUGGGGUCAUGCUCAUUUGUGGAUGUGCAAAUUGGGACAUGUCAGGAAGGAAAGCACCAAUCAAGGGUUGUAAGACUGCUCAUGUGGGGCGCAAUCUCUAUUCUCCUCAUCGCAUCUCGACAUUGUCUGGAAUUCGGGUGAGGGUGGCUAUUAGCGGUUGCAAUGCUGCCCAUAGUGUUAUCAUCACUGAGGAUUGGAAGGCCAUGUGCUUUGGUCGAAAUGAGAGAGGACAGUUGGGUUUGGGAGAUAUUGUCAGGAAAGACGUUCCAACGUACGUUGAAGAGUUGAAGGAACACACUGUCGUCAACGCUGCCGUGGGACGCAACCACACUCUCUUCUUAACUGAUCGCGGCAUCGUGUACGCCUGUGGCGAUAACAAGAUGGGUCAGUGCGGAUCUGGCAAUGGAGCACAGGAGCAUCUGACCGCUGUUCGCGUCAGGUACAAGGGUCCUCCUAUUGUUAAAGUUGUGUGUGGCGCAGACUUCAGUGUCAUUUUGGAUUGCAAAGGAAUGUUGCAUUCUUUCGGCUCUCCUGAGUACGGCCAACUGGGUCACAAUUCAAAUGGCGAGUACAUUGGUCGGGCGAACAAGAUUUCGUACAUGUGUGAAAAGGUGCCAAAAAUAAUAAUGCUGUACGUUGAUAAGGCCAAGGACAACCAUACGACACCCAUUGAAGUCACCGAUAUUCUCGACGUGGCUUGUGGAACCAACCAUACGGUUGCUCUGGACUCAAGGAAGCGCGUGUUUGCUUGGGGCUUCGGCGGCUACGGGCGUUUGGGCCAUGCUGAUACCAAAGACGAGUUGGUGCCUCGCCUUGUCAAGUUUUUCGAAACUCAAGGCCGUGGUGCCAAGGGAGUUGUGUGUGGAUCGAGCUUCAGCAUUGUUUACACUGAGAACAAGAUGUCAUACUUGUUUGGUCAGACGAAGAAGACGGGUGAGGCGAACAUGUAUCCGAAGCCAAUCCAGGACCUGUCCGGCUGGAACGUGCGAGCGGCCGCCUGCGGCAACACGUGUGUCGUGGUCGCAGCCGACAACAGCGUCAUCUCCUGGGGACCCAGUCCGGCAUAUGGCGAGCUGGGCCAUGGUGAAAUUCGUAAAUCUACAACAAACGCCCUUGAAGUGCGAGCAUUGGAAGGAAUUUACGUGGAGUCUGUAUCUUGUGGCAUGCAUCACACUCUGAUGAUUGCAAAGGAUGAAAGUGACGCAGAGAAGGAGAAGAUAGAAGCGCUGCCCGAGUACAAAUUGUGAAUGCGUGCGUGCGUCAAUCAACGUGUGUGUGCUUCGCUCGACUCAAACAGGUCAACUUGAUUCAUGUGUUGCUCAUGAAACAGCAGCCAUCGAUGUGUCACAUGUUCACCUUGAUCAAUUAAACAAUUUGAAUCUGAACAUUUUAACAAUCUUGCUGGUGUUCUUCAUCCGGUCGUAAUUAGUCGAUGUAAAUCAAUAAUGAAUAAGUGAGCUGGUUUGCUCUAUUUAAUGUUUGAAUUUUCCUGGUUAAAGCUGAGCUUUAACUGAUACUUAGAUGUGUCUCAUUCCGUUCAUGGUGAAUAACCCAUCUAUUUAAAUUAGCUGUUGUUUAAAUCUUGAACUAUUUUUGUCUAUUCUGUUUGAUAAUUGGGCUGCAUAGCCAGCUGUGAAGUGGUCGAGGAAGCACAACUCUGUGAUCGCAGUAAGGGAUGGCGGAUUCAGAAUAUUCCAAGAAAUUAUUCAAAUCGCAUUAUUUAAUAAUUAGGAUAUUCUAUUUUAUAUUUUUGUAGAAUCAAAUGAGUUUUUCACUAUUACUUUUCGUCAAUUAUGAGAAUCUAAUUGGUACUGUUAUGAUGAAAUGUAAUUUAUUACGAAUUUGAUGACUAAAUAUUGUAGUUUUAGGAUUUAUAAUAAUAAUUAGUUUUAUAAGGUGAUUGGCCUAGGUACUUGGUAUUAUUUACAAAAUUUCAGUUCGUAUUUAUAAACAAUUCCCUGAUUUGAUGCACCUUUCUAUUAAACCAUGUUACUUCCAAAGAUUCAGAGUAAAAGUUAUCAUACGUUUAUAUAAGAAGACUUAUUAUACUGAAAAUUGCAUCUUUAAUAUUAUUUUGUUAUACUUAUCAGCCAUAAUUAAAUAAAAACACACAUAUGUUGUCAAAUUUGAAUAUUGACAAUAAGAAUUUAUUCACACAAUAUUGACAAUGACUCAGUCGAAUUUUUACUUAUCAGCCAUUCUAUAACAUCUGCAGACAACAGAGUAUUCUUUUAAUUUGACAUUACACAAGUUGAAAUUUACGUAUUAGUCUAGUACUUGUAAAAACUGCUCCAUUAACUCAUUCUUAAAUGUUACUAUUAUUUAACAGAACCACAAAUCAUAAUAUUAUACAACAGGCUGAACCCAAAACUCUCCCAAAUGUUGAUAAAUAAAAAGUUUCCAAAACACCAAGGUUAUGAUUUCACUUUUCCGUUUAGUCAGUUUCCUUUCAAAAACAAUAAUACUCAAAUCACUUUUAAUUAGAAAACGCAUGAGUAAAUUCAAAAAAUUUAGAGUCAGUAUUCUACCGUACUUUUUUAAGAACUGCCAACAUAAGUUAUUACUUUUCAGAUUUCUAAAUUAAUGUUGUUCAAUCAUCUCAUAAUACUUGAUAUUAGAAGUGAAGGCAAAUGUUCCAAGUACAUGCGUUUAUGGAGAAGAAGAUAAAUUACAAAUAUGAGUGGCAAGGAGGAAGGGAAGGCUGUUUAGAACGAAUUAAUGAACAAUAUUAUUGAAUAAAAUAGGGGAACCCCGUGACUACCCACAUAACGCAACACAUAGGCUAUAAAAUUAUUAUCUUUUUUUCAAAUAAACCCUCUACUGUUAUUAUUUUUCAGAUUCAUACAUUAACAUUUCCAUUCUUACAAGACUGAUCUACUAAAGUAGCAUUGUUUUUUAUAUUUAUUGUAGCAUUUACAGUGAGAUCUUUUUAUAGCGAUGUUAUUCUUGUAACACAUUUAAAAGGAGAAACGAAUUGUUAUAAUUUCAUUUGUAGGAAGAUUAUGGGUGAUUUUGUUCAACUUACUCAGAGAAUUUAUUCAUUCUUUCCAAAUUGGGGAAGCAUGUGAUGAAAGAUAUUCGCAAUUAAGACGGUUGAACAUGAAUGACUCAUUUCAAUUUGUUUCUCCUUUAUUUUUUCUCCUAUUUUUUACUUGAUACAAUAUUAUUAUAUUAUGGGCAAUUAAACCUAUCUAUAGAUUCUCUUCACAUUUAUCUGGUAAUGUCAAAUAGAAUUUCACGAUCAUACAAACAUACCUUGAAAUAUAUUGUACCAAAAAUACUCAGUAAUGUUUCACCUUCUCAUUGAAAUUGAAUUUUAAUGAAUAAUUAGUAGUAUGUGGCUGGUGACCAUUUGCUAAAUAAAUCAUUAAUUUAUUAAACAAAAAAACUUGACAUAAUUGAAGCUCUGAAUUCCUAGAAUAAACAACUGCUUAUUCACUUUUUAAUUUUAUAUUUCUUUCUUUCACUUUGACGUAUUUUUCUUGGGACACCUAUGAUUUGAAUGAUUGUAUGUUAAUAACUGAUGUAUGUUAAUAUCUUAAGGUUAUUGAAGUUAUAGCUGUGUGUCCAAUUGGAUUAAAGUACAUUUGGUCGCCAACUAGUUUCGUCAGUAAAUCUCAAGAGUUUGCAUUGAAUUGUAUGUUUACUUUCACUUGAAUAAAAAACAUUUAUCUUUUAAAA